AUGCCCCCAAAAGAAAUUCCUGGCUACUAUUUUGACCCAGUGAAGAAGAAAUAUUUUGCAGUGAAAAAAGGGGCGCCAGCUUCGGCUGCUUAUUCUUCUUCCGAUGUAAAACGCAGGCGACUGCACGAGGAACAAUCUACAAGAGAAGAAGAGACUGCAAAGCUAAGACGUCUCCGAAUCCGUCGCUCUAAAUUGCUUGAGCACCCCUUUUCGGGAGGCUUUCUAUCUCGGGAACAGGGUCAAACCCGUGACUCAAUUGCCCUUGAUGUCUUCUCCCAUGGGCUUGUCCAAAGCACGCAAAUUCGUGGAACUGACCAAUUUCAAACCCUUCAAAAUCCUCUGUUUACGCUGGAGCCUCGGAGGGACCUUGGGACUUCGACAGUGGACUUGCAGAUAGCUCAGGGUAACAGCACAUUCGGCCUUCGAGCGGACGUAGAUGGUCUUGCGCAUCCAAGACUAGACUUUCCUGAGACAACAUGGGUUUCAGAGAAUUGGGAAGCACCUACUUCGAUAGUCACAAAUCGCUCAAGCCGGCGUCACGCCAUAACUUGGUUCUCAUCCUUUAAUGAGAACGGGAUUUCGAUUAUUCCCAUGGAAGACACAAGGCCUGGCCAAAGAACACCCUCAGGGCACCGUGAUAUUACAAUGUAUUCGUCCGCAGCAGCCAACGACUUUUCUCCACUUCUCUUCGCCUUUGGGUCCAGCGAUGGGAUUCUCACCAUGGAUAAGACGCGUCUGGAUCUUAAGUGGAUAAAACCCAUUGUGAUGCGCGAUGUUUGGGCACUUGAGUUUCAAAAUGAUAAGAACGACGUGCUUCUUUCAGGAGGGCGCGGUGGACAACUGCAAUGUAAUGAUCUCAGGGAUUCUAGGACUCCAACAGAAUCGUCGACACUCAUCACACAUCCCAGUUCGAUUACACAUAUCAAACAGCUCGAUCCCAAUCGAAUUCUCGUUGCGGGUCUAGAAAGUAGCCUUUGUCAGUACGAUAUAAGAUAUCUCAAAUUAGAUACAGGAAGAGUAGUGUCCCGACAGCGGCCGCCUAACCGCUUAACAACUCGCCAAACCACAGCCAAAGCUUCCACACGUACAAUAUUGCAAUACCCGGAUUACCACAACACGGCUACACGAAACGUUGGCUUCGAUGUCGACUUAGAAAUUGGUGUUAUCGCCGCCGCGCAAGAAUUCAAUGGUGUACAGCCUCUUGUCCGUUUGUUCUCCCUUUGGGGUGGACACACUCUUCAUUCAGCGGCUUUGGAGCGCCAUUACGGAUCAAUCAGUAAUCCUUACGGAGACCACGUUCGAUGUCUUAAGUUGUGCCGAGACAUCGAUGAUAGAAUGAAGUCACUAUACAUCGGCCUGGGAAGUUCCAUUCAGCGGUUUGCCUGGGCCGAUGAAGCAGAAAACGGCUGA